AUGUUUCAAAAUAAUGUUAUUCAUGUUGAUGAAGUGACUAGUUAUUUAGCUUUGCUUAAAGUUCAUCCUGAUAAUUCAAGAAAAUAUUUGGCUAUUUCCACUACUUCCACCUCAAGUGAAAGACUUUUUAGUGAAGCUGGCAAUGUAAUGACCAUAAAAAGAACACAAAUGGUAUCAAAUACAUUAGAGAAUUUAGUUUUUU